GUUCAAAUGUGAGUGUACAUGCAGGAGAAUAAGUGCAAUGUGCCGAGGUUGGGCCUCCUCCGUGCAGACUGGGGCUAGUUCGUUAAUGAAUGCCAAUUGUGGCUCCUUGGAGAACCAAGAAGGCCGGGCAUCAAGGGGAAUGCACCCACGAGAUUGCCUUCGCGCGACAAGACAGCCGUCGGAUUGAUGGAUCGCGCGCUGAUCUGCAACGUUUCCUGUCACACGUCACUCAUCGACGGGCCCAGAAUCGACGAACCGAGCUGAGCUGACUGGGUCGACAAAAGUUCCUCGGAGGGAGCUCGGAGCUGUGAGAUGAUUCGCAAUGUCGGCGUGGGUGCGGCCAACUGAAAUUAAACCCUAUCCUGGAAUUUGGAACCCCGCUAUGGUGGCGGGCUCCUGCACAGAUCGGCUGUACGCCGGCCUGGAUGUCAAAACGGGUACUGCCAAGCUUCGUGUCCUGUGCCACUCUGACCAGCCUUGCACAACAUCGAGCAGGUGAUGCAUAGGUACCCAGUCAAAGAGCUGUUAAUUCAAUUUGUGCCGGCGAUUUUCGCAUCAAUGAGAAUCAUAUCGGACAACGCACCUGAGCAGAGUCAUCCAGAAAGAAAGAAGAUGAUACGGCAUGGUAGAUAUAAUAGCGAUAUUCUGAUGUGAACUUUACUGCAGCCCAUCAGAACGAGAUGCGGAUGCAUCCACGAGAGUCGGAUUCAAAUCCAGAACAUCUCU